GCUGUUACCCCCAAUACCCGGCCACGUCUUCCCGCCUCCCGCAGGAUGAGUGUCGGCGCUCCGAGAGGCCUGGCCAGCUCGGGACAGAAGCCCAUCACGGAGAUCCUCCACCCGCUGUCCGCCGCCGAGGAGCCGCUCUCCCCGGGGCCAGAUGUCACCGUCAACGUUGGAGGGGACAAGGAAGCGGUGUUGACCAACGGCACGCCGGUGGAGACGUCGAGUCCUGCCUCGGCGUCCUCGCUGUUCAACAGGCUGCAGCUGGACGAUGACCUGGAAGCAGACGCCCGGGACCCUUACGCAUCCAUGGAAACCCGUGACCUUUUUGUCACAGUGGACGACCCAAAGAAACACGUGUCCACCAUGGAGACCUACAUCACCUACAGAGUGUCCACCAAGACAUCACGGAUAGAGUUUGACUUGCCAGAAUACUGCGUGCGACGUCGCUACCAAGACUUUGACUGGCUGAGGAUCAAGUUGGAAGACAGCCAGCCGACCCACCUCAUCCCACCGCUGCCAGAGAAGUUUGUGAUGAAGGGCGUGGUGGACCGUUUCUCGGAGGAGUUCGUGGAGACAAGGAUGAAAGCUCUAGACAAGUUCUUGAAACGAGUUGCAGACCAUCCCGUCCUCUCCUUCAACCCGCAUCUAAACGCUUUCCUGUCUGCCAAGGACCUGAACAAGCGUCAGGGUCUCGCCCUGCUGACCAAAGUGGGCGAGUCGGUGAAGCACGUGGCCGGAGGCUACAAGCUGCGGGCGCGGCCGGCCGAAUUCUGCGCCAUGGGAGAGUACCUGGACACCUUCAGCCAGAAACUGGGAACCAUCGACCGCAUCGCUCAGAGGAUCCUCAAAGAGCAGUCAGAGUACCUAACAGAACUGCGAGAGUACGGCACUGUGUACUCCAGCUGGGCGGGGUCAGAGGAGGAGCUGCGGCGCCCCCUGGAGGGCGUGGCCGGCAGCGUGACAACGUGCUGCGGAGCGCUGGAGGAGCUGAGUGACAACAUGAGCCAGGACUUUCUGCCAGUGCUCAGAGAGUACGUCCUCUACAUAGAGUCCAUGAAGAAUGUUUUGAGGAAGCGGGACCAGAGCCAGGCGGAGUACGAGGGGCGACUAGAAGCAGCCGUAUUGCGCAAACAGGAGGACAGAACGCCUAUACCAAUGGAAGUAGAGAAAUGCCAGGACAAAGUGGAAUGUUUCAACGCUGACCUGAAGGCGGACUGGGAGCGCUGGCAGAGCAACAAGAGACAAGACUUCAAACAGCUUCUCACCGGCAUGGCCGACAAAAACAUCAACUACUAUGAAAAGUGCCAGGCAGCGUGGGAGUCGCUCAUAACUCUCCUCCAGGACAAACAGACUGAGGACAAAACGAGCGAGACGAACUGAAACAUCACCUCAUGUCUCUGGCCCUUAUCUCUCUCUCUCUCUCUCUCUCUCCCUCUCUGUAACACACUCACACUCAUGCCAAGGAAAAGGACCAACCUGGGCAGCAGACUGAAACUGCUGGACUUUUGCCCCUGUUCUCUCUUCAGAUGAUUGUACAGAGGGGGAGUCGUCUCUCUCUCCACGAUCUGACCUGCAAAAGAGGUAAUGAACGGUGCGUUCAAGGACAGCAGCGAAA